UUCCAGCAUCCAGCAAUGGCCACAACACAACCCUUGGCUCCUUGUGUCAGCACGCUCUUUACCCUGCUCCAAGGCUACCCUUGUCACCUUGUUGUCACCUGCUCCCUGAUUCCCCCAGCAGUCCCCAAAGCUCCCCAUUGCCUGGAUUUUACUAUCCAUCCCUGCAUAAUGUCUGCAUUUAUUCCAAAGAAGGCUGUCACAGACAGAGAGGAGGAGAUGGAGGUCGAUAUACAGAUUGAUAGAGAGGAGGACAUGGAAGUGGACAUAGAGGAGACUCGAGAGGAAAAGAUGGAUGUGGAUGUGACAGAGAUGGAGGAAGAGAUGGAGGUGGAUACAAAGACUGAUAGAGAAGAGCGCAUGGAAGUGGAUGGAGAGGAGACCGGAGAGGAAGAAAUGGAGAUCGAAAUGGAAGACCACAUUGAGGAGAUGGAUAUUGAUGGAAAAGAUGAUGAGGAGGACAUGGUCUUGGGAUGAAGACCGAUGCCAGCAGCAGAACAGGACUGAGGCACAUCCCAGACACAGAUGCAACCUUCUGUACAUAGGUUUUAGAGAGGUUAUGUUCGCAAUAGAAGUUUUAGAGUUUGCUUAAAUCUACUGUAAAUACGUUUCAUAUAGUUUGGUUAGAUAUGUUCUUAGGUAAAUAGGUUCUAUAGUUUCUUGUUGUUGUUACUAAUAUUCUUACAAUGUAAAUAUGUUGUGUAGUUCAUUCUUGUUCCUUUUCUUCUACAAAUAAACAUUCUUUGUUUUUCACACCCCAGUUCUCUUUGCAUUUGCUUCGGGCACAUUUGCAAAGUUGUGCUUUCCACUCGCUCCAGGUUCCCAG